CGCGCAUUUCGUUGGUGAGGUUACAGACUCCACAAUUCCACACGUCUGCUUCCUGUUGCAUUGUUGAAAAUCAAUCAGUAAAUCAAUCAUCUAAAUGGCUUACAGAGAAGAACUUCAUUCAUCUUCUGAAGAUGAUUCAAGCAGUGAUACUGAUGAGGAUGAAAUUUGUUGGAAACGAAGGAAAUCAGAUAGUCGACCUUCACCAAUGGAAAAAGAUAACAAUGAUGAAAAUACUCCGAAUAAACCUGGAAAAAAACGUCCUCUUUGGUUAAAUUUUGCCAAUGAAAUGCUACUGAAAGAUGCCUUAACAUCGACUCAUCUAUUCGAAAAACUUGAUAGCGGUAGAGGUGUUGAAAGUUAUUUAGUUAAAGAAGAUUCUAGUGAUGAAGGCAGCCCUGAUAAACUACUCAGUCGGCGAAAAUUACCUAUAAGAGGGUCUACGAAGUCUACAGGCCUCUCUCUCAGACAACGACUUGGUCCACUUUCAUGGGAUCAAUCAGUAGGCCGAAGUCAUAUAGAUGUUACCUUUGACAGUCCACCUGAUCGUGUUGCAGAAACAAUUAUCAGGUUAUUGAAGGAACCUAAUGAAGAUUUAAUACGACGAACAGUUGAUAUUCUUGGUGUUCAACGAGCACUUGAAUUUUAUUACCUUACUGAAGACGUUGAAAAUAGUGGAGGUCUAUAUUUAAUGGUAAGUUUUCAUGUGUUAACAGUUUUUUUGUUUAAUCUGCAUGAUGCCUAUUUUCUUCAUACAAUUCAGUCACAUAAUAAAAAUUUCUGCUUUACUGGAAGUACUGGAAAGAUAUUUCUCAAGUGUUUGUUUGCUGGAAUUUGAUUGAUUUGAAGUUUAAUCAUGAGCUGACAUCGGUUAGAGAGAGAACCAUUGAAAACCAGAGAGUGUUGGGCAGCUGUUUCGUCCUAGUUCGAGACUCUUCAUCAGUUCGUACUCAUGGAAAUACCAAGGAUCGAUUUCAAGGCCUUCAGCCACUGGAGUAGAAUCCAAUAAUCCAUCAAUUCUAUCAUCUGUCAAUGGACGAUAUAUAUAGUGGCCUCAUCCCAUCUCCAGGCAAUGUCAGAGGCGACAAUUCAUUCUUACACCCAACUUGACGCACACCCCUUGGUCAGGACUUCUCACUACAACAAAUCUAGACAACUUUAUCCUGUAUCCAAUCAAUCAAUCACUAGAUGGAUCCCGUAGACGUUCUCCUGGUGGCGUAUAUCUUAACCUGAUUAAACAUUCCUAUUCUGUCAAAGACGAAGAGAGAAAAAUCAUCUUCCUAAUUGAUAAGCAAAUAAGGGAUAAAAUGAAAAGGAUUCGUAAGCGCCAUCGUCGUAAACGACGACAACUUGAAAAGUUGAAAAAUCUACCCAGAAUCCGUGAUAAUAAACCAAUAAAACCACUCCAUGAGACAAACUUUCCUUCCCCAAUAGAUGCAGAUAAUUUAGAAGAACCAUUUAUUUUAGAAGAUCAACCUGAAUCUCCUGUAACAACAAAAAUGGAUACAACAACACCGACUGUAAGCCCUUGUAGGAAAUCACCUGAUUCUAAUGAAUCUUUGGAAGAAGGUGAAUUACCAUCAAGCGAUGAUGAUACAUAGAUUUAUUUUUGUGUUAAUUUACUUUUUACU